AUGCCGCUGCAUCGCAUCUACGCGCCCGCUGGGCUCUUUUCCGCCCAAGAGAAGCGCCAGCUUGCCAACGACCUUACGGACAUGUACACAGCGGCCGUUGGUUUGCCGCCUUUUCUUGUGAUCACGCUCUUCGUCCCCAUCGAUGGCGAAGAAGACUUUUUCAUCGGCAGACAGUCUCACGCCGAGAGGGAGAAGGAGCAGGGCAAGCCGUUCGUCCGAAUUGUGAGCCAACACCUUGCCCGUACUGCCAUCGGCAAGGAGAACAGAGCAUCGAUGAUCAAGCGCCUGGAAGACCGCUUCUGCGGCGUGCUCGAGGCGAAGAACGCCGAGUGGGAGAUCCACAUCGAGGAGCCCCCCGCAGACCUGUGGCACCUUGGCGGCUACGACUACCCAGCACCCGGCACAGACGCCGAGAAGGAGUGGAAGGCCGCCAACAAGGCGAUCCCGUACGAAGGACCGACCAUGGCGGACCACCUGAACUCGCAGUCGAACCUGUAG